AUGGGUGCCAAUGUCAAAAGCCGUCCCAAACCUCUUGCUUUACAAAAUCCUACAACAAUCUCUGAUGACUGGCCUAUUGGUUCACAACCUAGCUGGAAGGAUGUGGUGCAGAUGAUUGAAGAACAUCCUCAACUUUUAAUGAAACCUUGGGUUUAUAAUCCAAUCUGGGAUCCAGGAGAUAUAGAUGUUGGCAUGCUAUUCAUUCAAUUCACCAGGGAGUUUUGGUUACAGCUGGGUGAAACACAGGCCACCAAUGAAUUUAUGGAUUUCAUCACCAUUAAUCCCAGAAUCUGUGAUAAUCUCCAGGAAGCCAUGACCUGCUGGUCCUUGGAUAGAGCCUGCAGUGCUGGACUAGAGGGAGACAAACCUGGACGGCCUCAUCUGUCAUUUGUCCAGAGAAGAACCACAUUUUUCCCAGAUAAAGACUCCACCUCACCCCAGUCAUCAAAGUGGAAGAUUUAUUGGAUAGAUGGAUAUAUUGCACACUAUCAUAGGAUGUGCUCUAAACUGCCAGAAACCCAGUUGCAGCAUCUUCAUAACAGACUGGAUAUAUUAUUUGCCAAUCUUCAAUGCCUUCCAGAUGCCAACAAACCUACUGCAAAAAGUCCUGGCUCAACUUGGACCCUGGCAUCUGGUGAAGACAGCAUCAAGAUAGUAACCAAUCCAUGUUUCUACAGAAUACAAAAAUUGGAGGAAGAAAGAGGACUGCUAAAAGGCCAGCUGUGA